AUGGCGGAGACCGUCGCGGCGCUCGCUAGCUGCUGCGAGAAAACCAAGGCGAAGGUGACGCGGAUUAAGCGGGCGGUCUUGACCGCUGAGCAGGACCACAAGAAGUUCAGCGUACACGCGUUAAAGCUGUACCUGAAAACGACGGAUGCUGCCUACGAAGAAUUCAAUUCGUUCCAGAACAAGAUUUACCUGGCCGACCCCACGAAGAAGGACGAGUUUGAACCGAAGUUCAUCGAUUUUGAAGAGCUGUACGAGUUCACUCGUAUUGCUCUCUGCGAGAUGCUGCAAGCUUACGAGGACGACGAAAAGGCAGCCCUUGCCGCGGCGGCGCAGGUCGCUGCAGAGAGAGCUAUCAAACCGGUCGUGAAAUGUCAACACGGCGACAGUUCUUCUAGUGUCCCCGUGUCGUUCCCUCCAACCCUCGUGUUGCAGCAGUCAGCGCUCCCAACCUUCGACGGGCGCUAUGAAAACUGGUUCCGGUUCAAGCAGAUGUUUUGCGACAUCGCCGAGAAGUGCACGGCGGAUUCGGCGGCUACGAAGCUUCACUACCUCGACAAGGCGCUGAUCGGAAAGGCUCAGGGAGCUAUUGAUCAACAGAUAAUCCGGGACAAUGACUACGCUCAAGCCUGGGUCUCCCUCCAGGAACAAUUUGAGAACCUGCCUGCGUUGGUCAACGACACCGUCUCGAGGCUGCUGGGCGUCAAGGCGAUGAUGAGUGAUUCGUAUGUCCAGCAGAAAAACCUGCUGGAUGACGUCGAGAAGAGUGUGAACUCCUUGGAGUACCACAACCUAAAGAUGGACAGACUUUCGGAGGCCAUCAUCACCAACUUGACCGCUUCGAAGCUUGACAUGGCGACACGGAAGAUCUGGGAAUCCAGUGUUGCGCGUGGUGCUCUCCCCGAGUACAAAAAGAUGAUGAAGGUAUUGCGGAACCAGCAGGCAGUGCUGGAGCGCUGCGAAAGGGCGAAGCCUACCCAGAAGACCAAAGUGACGAACUCGAACCCCCGCACAUCGACGCCACCUACGAAGGCCCACACGGCGACUGUUGGAAAGCACGAAAGCUGUGCGAUGUGCAACGCUGAACACCUGCUGGAGAAGUGCGAAGCAUUUCUGAAGCUGAACGUGAACGCGCGGUACGGCAAGGCGAAGCAGUUUGGACUCUGCUUCCGUUGUUUGAAACGGGGCCACCGCACGGCAGACUGCAAGCAGAAGGACAAGUGCUCGGAGUGCUCGCGAGCACACCACACGCUGAUGCACCCCGACAGCAAGAAAGAACCCGAGAAGCAACCACCGGAAACUUCGGCUGCCGGAACGAACGCUAGCAGCGCCACUGUUAGCAAGGAUGGAUCGACCUCGACGAACUGCCCCCUCUACUGCAACACCAACGAAACACCAAAGCAAGUUCUGUUGGCAACCGCGGUUGUCAACGUCGUCGAUGCAUGUGGAGUACAGCACAAGUGCCGAGCCCUACUGGACUCGGGCGCGAUGGCCAACUUCAUGUCGCAGAGCUUCGCGGACCUGCUGAACCUGAAGAAGAUGCCGGCCAAUGUCCCGGUCGUUGGCGUGAACGGAAUGGAGACAGUAGUGAAGUUCAAGGUUGAGGCCAAGGUCGAGUCCCGCACCACGGCGUACAACUUCUGCCUCAACUAUCUGGUGAUGCCGAAGGUGACUGGACCGCUGCCCGUGGACAAGGUCGAAGUGGAGCGGUGGCCGAUUCCGAAGGAUUUGGUGCUGGCAGACGAAAGAUUCUAUGAACCCGGCCGAAUUGAUUUGCUCAUCGGAGCAGAAGUGUUCUUCGAGUUGCUGCAGAGCGGCAAAAUGAUGAUGUCUGCGGAACUACCCAUUCUGCAGGAGAGCGUCCUAGGAUGGCUGGUAUCGGGACGUGUAGCUGAAACAGGAACGACGGGCACGGUGCGAGUCUGCCACGCGCUGGCCAAGCAGACACCCGAAGCACAACUGGCUGGUUUGCUGCGGCAAUUCUGGUCGGUCGACGAGCAGGAAUUUCCUGCAACGACCUCGGAGACGAGCAGUGACUGUGAGAAGCAUUUCCUGGAGACUCACAGCCGGAACGAGUCCGGACGCUACGUUGUGCGGUUGCCAUUCCGUAGCAACGUGGGCGAGCUGGGACUGUCGAGAGAACAAGCCGAGAAACGAUUCUACGCACUGGAACGUCGAUUGGACAAGAACGCAAACCUGAAGCAGCAGUACAAGAUGUUCAUCGACGAGUACAUCUCGCUCGGCCACGCCCGAGUGAUCGACGACGCCAAGGCGGACGCAAACUAUCUACCCCACCACUGCGUACUGAAGCCCGACAGUGCAACCACGAAGCUCAGGGUAGUGUUCGAUGCGUCGGCCAAGAGCUCCACCGGUUUGUCGCUGAACGACGUGAUGAUGACUGGCCCAACAGUGCAGCGCACCCUCUUCGAUAUUGUGCUGCGAUUCCGGUGCCACAAAUAUGUCUUCACCGCCGAUGUGCCAAAAAUGUAUCGGCAGGUGGAGGUGCACGAAAAAGAUCGGAAGUACCAGCAGAUUCUCUGGAGAGAUGAUCACCAGCAGCCAUUAAGGACGAUAGAGCUUUCAACGGUCACCUACGGCACGGCUGCGGCCCCCUUUUUGGCGACACGAGCGUUGAAUCAGUUGGCGCUGGACGAACGGCAUGACUUUCCCGAAGCAAGCACAUCCGUACUGAACAACUUCUACGUGGAUGACGUGCUUGCCGGAGCAGAUGACCUAUGCCAAGCAAAGCAGCUCCAGCAGGACAUGAUCGAGAUGCUGGCAAGAGGCGGGUUCCAGCUGCACAAGUGGUGCGCCAACCAUGCAGCGCUGCUGGAGGAGAUUCCGGUUGAAAACCGGGCCAAGACGCUGAACUUCGAGAAGAACGACGAGGGCGAGGUUGUCAAAACGCUCGGCCUACUUUGGGACCCGGUGAGUGACGUGUUUAAGUUCAGCGUGAAGCCGUUCAAGAAAUCGACGGAACGUCCGACGAAGCGGCAGAUCAUGUCCGACAUUGCCCGUUUGUUCGAUCCGCUCGGGUACCUCGGACCAGCUGUGAUGAUCGCCAAACUUGUGAUGCAGCAGCUCUGGAAGGAGAAGUUCCACUGGGACGACCCAGUACCGGAGGAUGUGGCAAAGAUGUGGGAGAGAUUCCGGUCUGAGCUGUGCGAGAUAAGCGAGUUGAAGAUUCCACGCGCCGUAGCUGCAGCAGCAGACGUGACGAGCUAUGAACUCCACGGCUUCGCAGACGCGUCGAUGAAGGGGUACGGCUGCUCUGUGUACUUGCGGAGUCUGAAACGAGACGGUACUGCGGAGAUGAUGCUGUUGUGUGCGAAGUCGAGGGUCGCACCGUUGAAGGAACUGAACCGCCAACCGAAGGACGACGCUGAGCUGGAAGAUUUGACCAUUCCCCGACUGGAGCUCUGCGCGUCGUGUUGUUAG